AUGGAGCCGGGGCUGGAGCGCUGGGCGCACGGCGCGCUGUGGGCGGCGCUGGCCGGCAGCCUGGCGCUGCGGGCGGCGCGGCGGGCGCCGGGGCCGGGCCGGGGGCUGGGGCCGCCGCUGGGCCGGGGGCUGGUGCUGCCGCUGGCGCUGCUGGCCGCGCUGCAGAGCCUGUGCCGCGCCUGGCUGCCGCUGCCCCUGGGGCUGGCCCUGGCCGCCGCCGCCGCCGGGCUGCUGCUGUGGCGGGCGGCGCCCCGCGGGCUCCUGCCGGUGGCGGGCAGAGCCGUCCUUGUCACAGGAUGUGACUCGGGCUUCGGGCAGGCGACAGCCCGGCACUUGGACACCAUGGGCUUUCGGGUGUUCGCCAGCGUGCUGGACCUGCAGAGCGCCGGUGCCCAGGAGCUGCGCCGGAGCUGCUCGGCCAGGCUGACGCUGCUGCAGAUGGACCUGACCAAGCCGGAUGACAUCCAGCGUGUCCUGCAGCACAUCCAGGCCCACACCAACAGCACAGGGCUCUGGGGCCUGGUGAACAACGCCGGCUUCAACGACACCAUCGCCGACGCCGAGCUCUCGCCGCUGGGCAAGUUCCGCGCCUGCAUGGAGGUGAAUUUCUUUGGCUCCCUGGAGCUCACCAAGGGGCUGCUGCCCCUGCUGCGCUCGGCCGGCGGCCGCAUCGUCACCGUCAGCAGCCCCGCAGGAGACAUGCCCUUCCCCUGCCUGGCAGCCUACGGGGCCUCGAAGGCAGCCCUGAGCCUGCUCAUGGACACCUUUCGCAGCGAGCUCCAGCCCUGGGGGGUCAAGGUCAGCCUCAUCCUGCCCGGCUACUACAAAACAGGGACGACGUGCGACCCGGCCUUCUGGAACCUGCAGAAGCAGCAGCUGUUGGCCAGCCUGCCCCAGGAGCUGCUGCAGGCGUACGGCGAGGACUACGUGGAGGAGAUCAACCACCAGUUCAUCCAGUUCAUGAAGGUGGCGGUGGAGGACCUGAGCGCGGUGGUGAACAGCAUCACGGACGGGCUCCUGGCUGCCAACCCAGCCGUGCGCUACUACCCGGGGCAGGGCCUCGGGCUCAUGUAUUUCAUCCACCGCUACCUGCCCUACUUUGUCCGAGACUUGUUCCUGAAAGGAUUCUUCAUCAACCCCAAGCUGCCCCGAGCGCUGCGGCGGGAGCACCACACUGGUGCGAAGAAGGCCUGACCCGGGCCCGGCGAGGCCUCUCCCGGCAUUUCCAGGCACAGCAGCCCCCCGGGCGCACACACAGCCAGGGGCACCGCCCUCCGGCGCCGCGGGGGAACAAUCAGCACUAGACGUUAAAAACCAAAUUCCUUUCCAAAAUCAGGUAGAUCUAUUUUCUAUUGUGCGAGAAUCAACGUUUUUCUAGAGACCUUGGUUUUUUGUAUUUUUUCUAACCGUGCGUCCUCCAAGGGGCCCGUCCCUGCCUGACUCGGCAGCUCCGCACCAUGGGCCGGGCUGCACCUGGGGCGUUUCCUCAGCCACCCACCAUCUUCCUUACUGCUCUCAGAGCUGUUGGUCUCCUCUUGGCUGGGUCAGGGCUGGGACCCUGUGGCUGCUGCCUCCCUGCCACUCAUGACACACUCCACGUGCUCCCGGCGAGCGCAGGGGCCGAGGCCGGGCUGCCAGCGCUGCAGAGCUCCUCACGAGAUGAACCACGUGAUUGUCACUUUUUAAAUAAAGCCGUUCUUGAUACUCCCA